GUGGUUGUCGGUACUAUAUGUUAUUGCAUACUUUUUAUUAUGUCCGUUAUUGGCAACACAUGGAUCAUAAUUGUUACAUGUCAAAAGACAAUCAAACUAAGAAUAUUUAAUCAUUUUACGUGGCUCGUGGCAAAUCUGGCAUUCGCUGAUCUCUUAUUUACAUUUCUCACGAUUUUCAACGUUGUCCAACAUUGGCCAGGAGGCGAUAGCACUUGCAAAUUUCAUGGGUUUCUUAUAGAGGCAACCUACACAACUUCCAUCUCCACGCUUGUUGUCAUAAGUUAUCAGAGACUGAAGGCUGUGAUUGAGCCCUUUAAUGCUAGAUUUAGUCGCUGGACGACAAUGAAAUUCUCAAAACUGGCUAUAAUAUGGGGCCUGUGCUUUGCUGUUUGUUCACCUAUGGUCUUCAUAUACCGCUUGAAAACUAAAAAAAACGGACAAAUAGUUUGUGUUACUACAGCAAGGGGGAAUAUUGGCCCACAAAUUUACUACAGUUUUCAUGGAGCAAUUUUCUUUGUUUCACCUUUAGUAUAUAUGAUAGUCACUCUAAAAAAAAUUAAUCGCGCUCUUAUGCGAAGAGUGGUUCCGAUGCGUAGCAUUGUAGCUGCAGAGACUAACAGAAGACACAGGAAAGUUGUCCGAAUACUCACAGCUUUAACCGUAGCGUUUGUUAUCUGUUGGUCACCCUUUAUGAUCACACGAACACUAAUUUACUUCCAUUUGGCGUCACCUGGUGUUGCUUGGAGGGCAUCUCAACUUCUGAUAUGCGUCAACCCUGCUUUGGAUCCCUUGUUAUACGGCUACUAUGGUGGAAAUCUAAAAACUGUAUUAAGAAGAGUUCUGAGGUGCCAUUUUUUACAGCGACAGGAACAUACAGAUGUUACUUGCAUGACUGUGUUUCAAGCAAACAGAUCGACCAGAUAAGGAGAAAAUUGAGUGCCGUGAGCGUAUUUACAAUGGACAAAAGGAUAGUUAUUUUUGUGAAGUUGUGGAGCUUACUCAUUGAGACAAAUGUAAAUAAAAACAAUAACAACAACACAACACAACAAAAAAAUAGGCCAUUUUCACUAGGACAACAUUUGACCAACAACAACCAGAAUUCAUUUCUUUUUUGCUUUCUUAUUUUAAUUUGUCAAUUAGUCUGAAGUUUAAAAAACAAUAGCUCUAAUGUGCUCGAGAAAACAGCAAGCUGAUAGUUCUACUAGUUAUAGUAAAAUGGCGUCAUCAUGCAACUGUCCUGUUGAGUAUUUCAUAAAUUUACUAGGCGAGCAGUUAAAGCGACUUGUUUAGGUUCGUAAUACCGUGGUUUUAUCUCUGAGGAAGAUUGGGGAGAGUUGAAAAAGCAACCCUUGUGGGUAGGAGUUAUGCCGAAAGAAGGAGACGGGGGAUGCAGUUCAAUAUGUUGUUUUCGACAUGGCGAUUAUGUGAAGAAAACACUCGUGCAACCACCCAACGAAUCUAAAAUGCCUUGCAAACGACCACAACCUUCUUGUGGCUCGGAUAUAACCACGAAGUCACGGUCGGUUAAGUCGCAGUCAUUUACAACGACGCAGUCUCAAACAUUAUCCCCUUCUUCGUCUUAACAUUAGUUUAAAACUCUAGGAAUGUAUCAAUCCAAGAGUUAGGUUAUAAUAGUAAUCAAAAGGAAACUAGCGUAGCAAGGUAGGGCACGCAGAAAAAAACGGUCUGAGCUGUUGUUCCUCUCGUGUGGCUCAGCCCACUCACAGUUUUUUGUUGUUGUUGUUUUUUAGAGUCUGCUUUAUUUGUCUCGCAAACGGAAUUAUUAGGUCAGAGCCUCAGUUUUUGACAAUUUCAGUUUUUUCAGCAUUACGAUGCAUUUUAUGACAAAAAUAUUGGACUGGUGAUUGAUGUAAACGCCACCAAGGGAUAUGUUUUAUAUCAUUUAGCAGUAAUUAUUGAAUGGGAAGGCUGAGUAUGAUCAUGAAUAAUGAUGCAGAAUGACCGCCGCCUGGUUAGCUCAGAGGCUGCGGGUUCAAACCCCGGCAGGACCAACACUUAGGGUCUUAAAAUAACUGAGAAGAAAGUGCUGCCUUGGUAAUAAGAUCUGCAAAUGGUUAGAAUUUAUAAUCUUCUCGGAUAAGGACGAAAAACAGUAGGUCCCGUCUCACAGCACUUUCACUGAUUUGGAACUCUAUUCCUUAUUCGAUUAAAAUACUUAAAAAAAAGGAAUUAUUACUAAAUUUCUUGCGGUCAGAAGAUGAUUAUGUCGAAGUCUCCUAUCUUAUUAAGUUAUUUAAUACUUUAGGUUAGCCUCUCUUCGUAAUCGUUAUGUACUUGCCUUGUUUAAUGUUAGUUUAAAUUCUAUUUACUGUAUGGCAGUGUCUUCACUGUAAUUUAGUCCAUCUAUAUAUAAAUCUUGUUUUGUUUUAUGUCUUCAGCUCCCUCAGCCUCGAUUAGUUUAUAAGCUAUUUGCGGGUGGGAAAGUAAUGUAAUUAGUUAUUUUCCAAUUUUCAAUAAACUUUGUUGUUGUUGUUGUUCUUGUUCUUGUGGGACGUAAAAGAACCCACAUCACUAUUCGAAAAGAGUACGUAGGGCUCUUAGACCCCGGUAGUGUGGCACCUUCCAUGAGACCCUGAGUCCCGUUCGUGCACAUUCCCUCUGGGCAGGCCUGUGUGCCGAAAAAGUUGGUAAAUAAACAAAUUAAAUAAAUAAAAAGAAAGCCGAAUUCAACAUCAAUAACUGUUUCGUUAAUCAUUUAUUUCUAAGUUCUAAACAUCCUUACCUCCUCGUGGCUCUCUUCAAAACAUUUUCCUUUUUCUCAUCACAAUGUCAGAAUAUGAACGGAUGUUUCUAAGUUCCUUGCUAAAACUCCACAAAGAACAGAUGACAUUCAUCGAGUAAUAUUUUAUGCAUAUCUUUGCAUUUGUUUUUUCAGUCCUGCACUCAUGCGAAAAAAAUCUUCUGACUAAGCCGCUGCGUCGUUGUCUUGCGUGACGUCAAGGCAAUAUACAAUCCGUUGACGUCACAGUGACUAGCGACAAUGAUUGUAUAUUGCCUGCCUCUUUCAAAAAAGUGGGUUAACGCCAGCGGGUUAUGAAAACGUACCCCGAGGAUUAAAGCCACAGAUUUGUCAACCUACUGGACUGCAAAUCUUAAUUUCUCCUGUUAUCAUUGAAGUCAGAUUUGUCAAUAGUGAGUUUACGCAACCGGACGGCAGGAAGAAGAGGACGGCAAAACGCGUUUUUUUGUGACAAACGUGACAGGGCUAUCACUUGCGUGUUUUUGUCGUGAUCUUCACUUAUCAUUAAUUUUUUUUGUUUUUUUACAAAAAGAUCUGUUUAAAGGAAGGUGAAGAUCGGUGGAAAGGUUUUCUAACGAAAAAUUUUGUCACGCUAGGUUUGCCGUCUUCUUUCCGCUCCAGUCCCGUUGCGUAAGUUCGCAAUUAUUUGAAAAAUAGUGUUUUCACUUUUCACUCACCUCCCACCUCACCGUUACGCCUUGGAACAAGAAGAUUAAUGGCCAGCUAGCUAGUAUUCGUCAUACUUGAAAGUCGAAAGACACGUGUCGCUUUUUCUCAAGACUGUUUUCUCAACAGCUCUUACAAUUGGAAGAAAGUCGAAACUAAAAUUUGAACAACGAAGCUUGUUACUAGAUUACCGCAUAACUCGCAUAGUGGAAAGGCGAGAUCGCAAGCAAAGUUUUAUUUUCAAGAUACCAAAAAAACGUAUUAGAUCCUCCAGUGAUAUCAAUUUAAGUUUCAUAGCACUAACAUAUCAGUCAACUACAAGUCCUAAAACAUGUCAAAUGUUUCGGCCAGAUCCGAUAACCUAAGCGAUAUAUCAUAGAUCGAAAUGUAACAUCGGAGGUCAGUCCUCACGGACUGUUCAAUACAUUUUGAUAACCGUGUAUUCCAUGCAACGAUGCCCAGUCUUUGAUCUGCCGCAAAAUUCUUCAUAACAUAUCAUUAGUAUUUUUUUAGUGUUAAUUUAAUCCUCUAGUUCAAACUCUUCUUUAAAGGAACCUUUUAAAACAACGACUUCUCGUCCGAAACAGUACCAAAUGGUAUUUCGUAUUUUUGGAGGUCAACUGAGCGGAGGAUGAUUACACAAAAAAUAUUACAGUACUUUGUCUUAUGGGAUUCGUUUGACAUCCUAUUAAUUAAAUUAGUAUAUAUAAGAUAUGUCAGAAUAAAUUAUUAAAAGAGAUGGUUAAACAACUAAAAUUAAUCACUCACCUGUCGUUAUCAUUAUUUAUUACCUAACGACAGUUUUUCAAUUUUAAUUAAUGAUUGGUUCAAGAUCUUCCUGGGCCGGAAGCAAUUGAAGUAAUUACUGAAAGAACAGUUCUUGUCAGUAAUAAUACAUGACGUAUAGCGCACCUUCCGUAUAACUUCAAAAACACAAUGAAAAGAAACAAAUUAAAAAGGGAAGUUAUUUCUUCGCAGUAAUUGGAGCAAGCAAAGACUCUGGUUCAGUGCAUUAUUAUAGCACUUGAAGUAAAGAACAGACUUGUAUAGCGUACCUUUCGAAUAAUGCCAAAUAGACAAUAAAAGACAUAAAAAGAAAGCUAUCAAUACUUUUAACAGUUCUUUGCAGUAAUUAAUGGCAGCAAACCUUCCGCUUCGACUAUUGCCUUAUGAACUAUGGCAUUUAAAGAGGAUGAUUUUCCACCGAUCUUACUGAUUUUCAGCAUUAUACUUUAUAUCACAGUUUUCAUUAUGUCUUUUGUUGGUAACUUAUGGAUCAUCGCGGUCACAUUCUACGCAACAAUCAAGCAAAGAAGACCGCAUAAUCAUUUUACGUGGCUCGUGGCGAAUCUGGCGUUCGCUGAUCUUGUUUUCACUUCUCUCACAAUUUUCAAUACUAUCAGCUUUCAUUGGCGUUGGCCAGGAGGUGAUAGCAUUUGCAAAUUUCAUGGGUUUCUUGUCGAGGCAACCUACACAACUUCCAUCUCAACGCUUGUUGUCAUAAGUUAUCAGAGACUGAAGGCUGUGAUUCACCCCUUUAAGGCUAAAUUUAGUUGCUGGGCUCGAAUGAAAUACAUGAAACUGGCCAUAAUUUGGGGCCUGUGCUUUUCUGUUUGUUCACCUUUGUUCUUCAUAUAUCGCGUGGAAACACAAAUAAAUGGCGACAUAGUCUGUGUAACAACAACAUGGGGGGAUACUGGCCGACAAAUAUAUUACAGUUUGCAUGGGACACUUUUCUUCGUCUUACCUUUAUUAUAUAUGAUUGUCACACAGACAAACAUUCAUAGCGCUCUUCAGCCAAGAGGCGUGCCUAUACGCAGCAGUUUAGCUGAAGAAAUCAAACUAAGACACAGGAAAGUUGCCCGAACACUUGCAGCUCUAACUAUAGCGUUCGCAAUAUGUUGGUCACCUUUUAUGAUCACACGAACCCUACUUUUCUUUCAUUUGCCUUCAGUUGAUGUUGCUUGGAGAGCAUCUCAACUUCUGAUAUGCGUUAAUCCUGCUUUGGAUCCUUUGCUGUACGGCUACUAUGGUGGAAAUAUAAAAUCUGUAUUGCGAAGAAUUCUGAGGGGUCGUUUUUCACGGCGACGGGUAUAUGAUGUUACUAGCAUGACUGUGUUUCAAUCAAACACAUCGACCUGAGACAGAUGAUUAAUGCCGUAAACAGACGGAAGCAAGGUCUGUUUGAGGGGUUGAUUACCUUUAGUAAUUUGGUGAUAAAAGAAAAUUGGUCUCAAUAAGCAACUUUAUGCUUGGCUAGUGUGGAUAGGCACAAACUGAAAAAAAUCAACUGAAACCAAAGAAAACAUUUCUUUCCAGAUGAUCAAACAGCAGAUUUCCUUCGACAUCAAACCAGGAGACCAUGGACCGAGACAAUUUAGAGGCCAUGAUUUUUUUUUUUGGUCAGUCAUUUUUUGCAAAGUCCUGAAAGUCAUUAAUAUAUUCUUCCAAUCGAAUCAGGGUGUUAAAGUAAAUAGUCUCCAGUUCGAAUAAAAGGCCUUUCAAAACAAAAAAUAUCACAACGCAAUUUUUGGUUUAGAUGUUUCAAAGACAAUUCCUAAUUUUUGGUGGAUAAGCAAAUCUAGCAUAAAUUUCAAUGUUCCGAUAAUUAUAAAACUUAAGAAGAUUUAAAGAAAUUUUGAUAAUUUUUCCAAAGAACAUGUAUCUCCCGGCCCAUUGAAUAAGGAGAUCCUGUAGUUCUCCCCUUGGUGACACGAGUUCGUAGAGCCACUUUUUGUCUUCGUGAAUGAGGAGGAGAAAACAAGGCUCUGCCUGAUUUGCGUCAAUCCUUCGAAGUUGCCGCAGCCCGCGCGAGCAUCUGUUUAUUGAUAAACCUCGGGUCACAACUGAGCCCUCUGUACCAAGCGCACGGCUAUAUGGCCUGGAUUCGAAGCUGUACCCUAGCGACACAAAGAGAAUGGUAAACAAGUCUUUUAAUCGAGUACAACAUAAUCGAGCAUGGCUAUGCUGACAGGGCACUCCGAAAACGCUUCCUUGCGUCGGCUGGCUAACAUACACCGCUAGACUUCUCCCUCUUUCUCAGUUUGAAAACCCUCGCCAAGCUUUUAUUUAUACGGCAUAUUUGUCUUAAUUAAUUAAAAAUAUAUUUAUAUAUGUUCGAUAGCCUAAAUUACGGUGAAACUGUAAUGACUAUUUUAAAUCAAUGAUUUCAAGUAGUAGUCUAUCAAGUUAAAUCUCAUAUUGUAUUUACUUGAGGUUAUAUGCACUUGCUGAUUUUAAACUUCGAGUAAAAUAAGCUUCAGGAAGUCGUCACAGUUAGAUCGUUUAAAAUAUUGAGUUGCCAGUUACCGGAACUGACACGUCAACGAUACACGACGGUAGUAAAAAAUAACAGGAUGACUGUUCAUUCUAUAACACUGUUGCGUUACCGCUGAAGAACUAUGGCUGUAAGCGACGGUUUUCCGCUCUCCGUUGUGAUCUUUCUUUGGAUCUUUUACGUUACUGUUUUCAUUUUUUCAGUCGUUGGAAAUACAUGGGUAAUAAAAAACAGUUACAGGACAAUCAGGAAGAAAAACUAUUACCCUUUUACGUGGCUUGUGGUAAAUUUGGCUUGUGCCGACCUCAUGUUUAUAUUUCUUACAAUUUUCAACACUAUUGGCGUUUUCUGGAAGUGGGUAGGCGGUGACAACACUUGUAAACUUCAGGGAUUUCUCGUCGAGGCAGCCUACACGACUUCCAUCAGUACCCUUGUGGUAAUUAGUUAUCAGAGAUUAAAGGCCGUGGCCGACCCGUUCGACUUCAAUGCAAGAAAUAAGAGGAUCUCACAGAGAAAGUACUAUGUAACAUUGGCACUAAUCUGGAUCUUGUGCUUCGCUGUUUGUUCACCUUUGAUCUUCAUCUACCGCGUGGAAACACACGAAAACGGAGACGUUGUUUGCGUUACUACAUCAUGGGGAAAUAAAGGACGACAAAUAUACUAUUGUUUACAUGGAGCUUUCUUCUUUGUUCUCCCGUUGUUAUAUAUGAUAGUAACACAAACCCGUAUUUACCGCGUCCUUCGAGAUAGAGCAAUGCCAAGACAUAGCUAUUCCCGCGAAGAGUCAAAUCAAAAACACAAGAAAGUUGCCAAAACUCUUGCAGCUUUAACUAUAGCUUUUGUUAUUUGCUGGUCUCCAUUUAUGAUCACAAGAACACUAAUUUACUUCCAUUUGGCGUCACCUGAUGUUGCUUGGAGAGCAUCUCAACUUCUAAUAUGCGUCAACCCUGCUUUGGAUCCCUUGUUAUACGGCUACUAUGGUGGAAAUCUCAAAACUGUAUUACGAAGAGUUCUG